AUGGAGACUUCACAGAGGCCGUCGUUGGUGGCUGGCAUCGCUGGCAUCGCGUCUAUCGUUGUCGCUACUAUUCCGGCCCUGAAAUCCAUUGUGGAUCGAUGGCGACUACAGAAGAGAAACAAUGUCUCUCUGUUCCUGCAAGACUUGUACCAUGACCGUGACGGACGGGCGACUGAAGAAUCGACCAAGGCUUUUUCGGAUUCGACUAGACGUGCUUCAAUUGCGAUCUUAUCGCUCAGCGGAUUACUGGUGUCACUUGCGCUGGCUGUCCUUACAACUGCUGGUCACCAAAACGGAUAUUAUCCAGGGCCGACCGAACAAUGGUUCCAGUUUGCGACUUGGGCUUUACUCGUAGUUCAGGCGGUGUCCCUGUUUGCAGAACCCUCCCCUCAAAAAAGAUUCUCUCUAGGUCUCUACAAUGCCACGGCUUGUGCCAUAUUUAUCGUGGUGUCUUGCGCCCAAGUAGCAAUCAUCGGUGCCUGGCUGCAAUCUCCGUCCCUCAACUCCGCUUCAGAUAUUCUUGUCCAGGCCGAGCUCAUAGCCGCUUUUCUAAUCUGUUGUGUGUCUGUUCUCCUGCCCCGUCGUCCGGACGUUUUCAGGAAUGAUAAAGCCGUCGACCGCCAGUUCACAACUUCAUUUCUCGGGAGAAUCUCAUUUGAUUGGGCGGGUUCCUUAUUGCGCUACGCCAAAUACAAUCAGGGUUUGAGUAUUGAUGAUCUCCCUGAAUUGGAUUACGCCACCCGCUCGCAGACUUUGCUCGAAUCUUUCGAAAAUAGAAGAAGAAAAGGACAGAGCCUGUGGAAAGUAUUGGCAAACGAAUACUUUGCUACCUUCGUCCUGCAGUUUAUCUUCUCGUCGUUCGUCUCAGUGGUCAGUUUCGCUCCUCAGGUCGCGCUUCUGGGGAUCCUGCGUUCCCUGGAGGCUCGAUCUUCGGAUUCAUGGAAUCCGGUAAUCCUCUGGCUUUGGGUCUUUGCCUUGGGAGGGUCAAUUAUCUUCUACAGUACGGUUGAGUCUUGGUUAUUUUGGGUUGCCUACUAUAAAUUGGCUAUUCCUGUUUACGAACAACUGUCUGCCGUCGUCUUCGCCAAAUCUCUUCGUCGAAAAGAUGUUAAAGGAUCCCAAAAAUCGAGUGAAGAGAACUUAGGAGUCAAAGUUGAUACUAGAAAUGACGAAGAAGAUGAUGAUGAAGACACUCGAAAGACCCGCCAGGCUACGAUCAAUCUUAUCGCCGUUGACGCUAAAAGAAUUUCUGAUUUUGCUUCCUUUAAUUGCAUUAUCAUUGAAACCAUUGUCAAGCUCGCGGUCGCCUUUGCCUUCUUAAUUCGCCUUAUUGGAUGGAAGAGUCUUUGCGCCGGGCUCUUGGUUGCUCUUAUUAUUACACCUCUCAACAUCAUGACUGCAAGCAGGUAUUCUGCGGCACAGACGUCUCUCAUGAAGUUUCGAGACCAGAAAAUGGCGGUUAUUACAGAAGCUUUACAGGGGAUCAGACAAAUUAAGUUCUCUGCUCUGGAGGGCCAAUGGGAACAGAAAAUUUUUGCGAUUAGGAAUACAGAGCUCCAUGCGCAAUGGAUGGCAUUUAUUUAUGAUGUCUGCCUCAUAUCUAUUUGGAUCCUUGGGCCAAUUAUGUUAUCUGUCGUCUCCCUAGGCACAUAUGCCCUUAUUUAUGGAGAACUUUCUGCGUCCGUCGCCUUUACCACGAUGGCAAUAUUUUCAUCACUUGAAUUCUCUCUUGCAAUUUUACCUGAAUUGAUUGCGGACUUUAUUGAGGCGUUCGUCAGUGCAAAGCGUGUCGAGAAACACCUGGCAUCCGCCGACCGUACUCAGACCACUAUUCCCGCGGAUAAUAUUACGUUUAAGAGAGCAACAGUGGCUUGGCCUACUGAGGAGGUUGACGAAAACGAUGAGCGAUUCGCACUCAAGGAAGUUGAUUUAGCGUUCCCGCCAAAAGGAUUGAGUGUCAUUUCCGGUAAAACUGGGUCUGGCAAGAGUCUGCUUCUUGCAGCGAUUAUUGGUGAAGCAGAUAUAAUUGAUGGAGAAGUUCACGUUCCAGUGGCUCCCCCAUUGGAAGACAGAUUCGAUGACCACGCUACGAAAGCAAAUUGGAUCAUCGACUCGGCGAUUGCAUAUGUUUCUCAGGUACCUUGGAUAGAGAAUGCCUCUAUAAAAGAUAAUAUCUUAUUUGGGCUACCUCUUGACGCUGAACGAUACGAGAAAGUGUUGUUUGCUUGCGCACUCGAAAAGGACUUUGAAAUGCUACCAGAUGGAGAACUAACAGAUAUUGGUGCGAACGGAAUCAAUCUCAGCGGUGGGCAAAAAUGGCGUGUCUCCUUUGCGAGAGCUCUCUAUUCGCGAGCCGGUAUUCUGGUUAUGGAUGAUCUCUUUAGCGCUUUGGACGCACAUACUGGCCGCCACCUCCACGUCCAUGCUCUAACUGGGGAGCUAUGCCACGGACGAACCCGAAUCCUAGUCACUCACCACGUCGGCUUGUGUCUGCCUCAGGCUGAUUAUUCGGUCCAUCUCGAACGUGGAAUCGUUCAGCAUGCAGGAUCUGUGGUGGAGUUAAGAAGAACUGGGAGCCUCGCAGACAUUCUGACACACCCUCAAGGUGAAAACCUUGAAGGCAGAGAUGAAUCUGAAGAGACAGUCGAGGAUGAGGCGGAAGAGUCAAAUGCUCUGCAGAAAAUCAUACCACACAGGUCGCAGAGAACCACCGUGGAAGGACAUGGCAACGAAUCCCUUAAACCUCAGGCCCCGAAAAAGUUUCAGCAGGAAGAAAAGCGUGAAACCGGUGCUAUCAAACUUAUCCACUACAUCCAAUAUUUCCAGAACGGCGGAGGUCUCCUCUAUUGGUCCUUUGUUUUCUUUACAUUUUGUGCAUAUGCCGGUUUGGCCGUUAGUCGCUCUUGGUGGGUCAGCAUCUGGACUCGAUCUUCCGGAAGUUCUGCUUCAGGCGAAAACCUCGUGAUGAUAUCCCAUGUCAUGGCCAAAUCGACCCAGUCAAACUCCGAUCACGGCCUGUGGUUCUAUUUGGGAAUUUACUUUGGCUUGUCGGCUAUGUCAUGUUUAGUGGGUACUCUCAGAUACCUGUUUCUUCUCAGGGCAGCCAUCCGAUCGUCGCGGAACUUAUUCAAGAAACUCACAUAUACGGUAUUGAGGGCACCGCUUCGGUGGCUAGACACUGUUCCGGUUGGCCGAAUUCUCAACCGUUUUACGGCAGAUUUCAAUCUGGUUGACUCGAAGCUGCCGUACGAGCUAGGAUUUAUGCUGUAUAACGUCCUCAAUGUCAUCGGUAUCGCUGUGGCUGGUUUUCUCGUCUCGCCACUGCUGAUAGUUUUCGCGAUUCUUCUUUUGGCGAUUUGCAUGUAUUUCGCACAGUGCUUUCUUUCCGGAGCCCGAGAAAUCAAGAGGUUGGAGAGCAACGCGAAAAGUCCUAUUUUUGAACAAUUUGGGUCUGCUUUAAUUGGCCUAACAACUAUACGUGCGUUCGGGAAAGCCCAAACCUACGUUGAGCGAAUGUAUCGGAAGAUUGAUCAUCACGCACAGGCGUAUUGGAAUCUAUGGCUAUUUAACAGGUGGUUGAGCUUCCGUAUGAAUGUUGUGGGGGCGCUGUUCUCGACGUUAACUGCGGGCCUUGUUGUUUCACUUCGAAAUAUAGAUGCACCUUUGGCUGGGUUUGCUCUCAGUUUCGCCCUGCAGUACACCGCGUCGAUCAUGUGGGCUUUACGUCAGUAUACAAAUGUCGAAUUAGACAUGAAUGCGACGGAACGAGUCCUUGAGUAUUCCGCGAUCGAUAUUGAAAACCAAGAAGGAGCAGAAGUGCCAGCGGCGUGGCCAACAGAAGGCCGUCUCGAAGUCACUGACUUGGUUGUUGGGUAUGCCCCCGAUUUGCCUCCGGUUUUACGGGGCCUAUCUUUCACAGUAGCAAAAAAUCAAAGAGUGGGCGUCGUGGGUCGUACGGGGGCCGGCAAAUCGUCUUUGACAUUGGCAUUAUUUCGCUUUUUGGAAGCAUGGGAGGGUUCCAUUGUCAUUGAUGGCAUAGAUGUCUCCAAAAUUAAGCUCCACGAUUUACGAAGCAGGAUGGCCAUUAUCCCUCAAGAUCCCGUCCUCUUUUCUGGGUCGAUUAAAUCGAAUCUAGAUCCAUUUGAGGAAUAUUCUGAUGCAGAGUUGCGCGACGCACUCGAGCGAGUACACCUCAUCUCCGAUGUGCUCGAGGAAAGCACUGGGCCUCACUCGUCUACUCACUCGGCUCUUCAAGCCUCAGGAACGUCAGGAUGCACAACCCCGACGUUGUCAAGCAACAAUGGUAGCACAGCCGCCCAUACUAUAGAUACGACCAACACAACGGCGGCUACAUCCACCCAGGCCCCUAACAACAACGUCAACAUCUUUACCAACCUUAAUUCCACCAUCUCCGAAGGCGGACUUAACCUUUCGCAGGGCCAGCGACAGCUUCUCUGCCUUGCCCGCGCUAUCGUCUCAAAGCCUAAAAUCAUGGUGCUCGAUGAGGCGACGUCUGCCGUGGACAUGGCAACAGACGCGCUUAUUCAGCGCUCUAUCCGCACUGAGUUUGGACGCAAUUCGACUACAUUGCUGGUUAUCGCACAUCGAUUAAGCACAAUUGCUGACUUCGAUAAGAUUCUGGUGAUGGAUGCUGGCAAGGCAGUGGAGUUUGGACCACCGAGAGAGCUGAUGGAGAUCCAGGGAGGUGUGUUCAGAUCCUUGGUUGAAGAAAGCGGAGAAAGGGAAGCUCUGGAGAAGGUAAUCCUUGGCGAGCAAGAAUAAUAACAGAGCAACUCACUUUUCCAAAGUCCUAUAGAUUGAAAACUACUUGCAGUAUAACCUCUUGGUCUUUAGUUUCAGAUGAAAAUAAAUGUUCCCCAAAAGUGCUACACCAGGUCUAUCGAGAAGAUUGAAAGGCAUAUUAAUCCGUUCAAGAUGUAUUUAGUUGACCAUAGGAUAGAGGGCUAAAAGAAGAUAGAUACGGAUCAAGGACCUGUUUUAUUGCUGUUCUU